CUGGAAGCUGUUCUACUUCGUCCUCAUAGAACUAUUUCUGUUCAUGUCAUUCGGGAUCCUAGCCUUUUGAAUUGGUGAGAAUUUUUGGAACGUAAGAGCUCUGCACUUCAUCAUUUUCCAAGACUGAUUAUUCAUAAUCUUCUCGAUCCUUCCCGCAAUGGGGCAGGUAUUUAUGAACGAGAGGAUCCAGAUCUUCAAUUUUCAUUGCUCAGUGAUCGCUCUGCAUACCAUCAACGGGAUAAUCCUGGUAAUCACAGGCCGAGAUAAGGUUGAUCAACAGUUCUUCGUCUCAGUAGCAUGACUAGUCUUCAUCGGUUGAAUUUUCUCUAUUUGUGUCGCAAUAAUGCUCUCAAUUGCCUAUUUCUCAGGAGAUUUUGAGGCGAUCUUUGAUGAACAGUUUCUCAAUAUAGAAGGAAGCAACCAUGAGAGAAGACUUGAUGAAAAUUUCAUGGAAGAGUUUGAGAAUAUUAAUACUGUUAUAUACAAGAAAUACAUGAACCUUAAAGAAAAAAUGUGACCAAUCUGCCUCUGAGAGUAUUCUGAGGAUGACCCUAUCAAAGUACUCCCAGGUUGUUACCACGGCUUCCAUCAUGAAUGUAUCAAAAAUUGGUUCAAAAAUCAGUUGAAGUGUCCUUUCUGACGAAUUGAAAUAAAUUCUGAACAAAUAAGAAGAGAUAAAGACAUGACUGAGGAUGAACUUCUGAGGAGAAUCAAGAGAACAGACAGCUUCCUUACCAUUGGAUCUAAAAGAUGCUGUAGCGAAAAAGAAGUCAGAAUUAAAGAAGUCGUUGAAGAAGAAAAAACCAAAUCCCUUGUAAGGUCUAGUAGUAGACUAAUUGAAGAAACUAAGAGAAGCAACCCUACUGCUUUUAAAAUUCCCUGCAAAAUAUUAAACAAAACAAAGAAAAAGUCCUCAACAGAAGAGAGAAAGUUGGUCAUCGAAGAGGAAAAGGUGACAGUAAAUCCUAAAUUCCGUCUUUCCACAAUAAAGGAGACAUAUUUUUCAGAAGAUGACAAGUCAAACAGAAAUAUUCAGGAUUACAAGACCAUCGCUAAAAAGCUAGAUCUUCCUUCAAAUACCAAAAGGAACAUUUCUUCCAAUCCUAAGCUUGACAGCAAGGAUUCUCUAGAUGAACACUAUGCACCAGGAACUCUCUUUAACCAGCAUGGGUACGACUCACAGAUAAUAAAGAGGUCAGGAGAGUAUUUUGAAUUUGAGGACGAGUGUCUGUAAAACCAAAUAAAAUUUAAUA